GCUGUCAUCCUCCUGCCUCUGCAGCUUUAUUCCUACAGCCUUCAAUGGUGACGGACUCCCUCCCACCCGGGCUGGCAGGCAGAGCCACAAGGCCUCGCUAGGAGCGGAUCCCUGCGGCUCUAUGGCAUCUCCCAGGACCAUCACCAUUGUCGCCCUCUCGGUGGCCCUGGGGCUCUUCUUCGUCUUCAUGGGGACGAUCAAACUGACCCCCCGGCUCAGCAGGGAUGCCUACAAUGAGAUGAAACGAGCAUACAAAAGCUACGUGCGGGCCCUGCCCAUGCUGAAGAAGAUGGGAGUCAGCUCCAUCCUCCUCCGCAAGAGCAUCGGCGCCCUGGAAGUGGCGUGCGGCAUUGUCAUGACACUGGUGCCCGGUCGCCCCAAGGACGUGGCCAACUUCCUGCUCCUCCUCCUCGUGCUGGCCGUGCUCUUCUUCCACCAGCUCGUGGGGGACCCCCUCAAGCGUUACGCCCACGCCCUGGUCUUUGGGAUCCUGCUCACCUGCCGCCUGCUGAUCGCUCGCCAGCCCGAGGAGCUGCCGCCGGAGAAGAGGAUGCUGUCGGUGAACGGGGAUGAGCAGCCACUCAUCCAUGAAGCAGCUCCCGAGAAAGGCAAAGUGAAGGUAUCCUAGUUGAGUGCUUGUGAGGAAACACGGACCCUCGAGGCAGCUCUCUGCAAAAUCACCCAGAAAAUUUGGUUUUUAUUUACUGACUUGCUUUUUUUUUUUUUUUUUUUUUUGGUCUGUCUAAAUAAAGUUGCACUUGGGGUCUGAGAGAUAUAAGGUAUGUCUACACUGUAGUCUUGCUUUUGCUGCUGCCCUGUAAUGUAGAAAAACACAAACUAGCUUCCACAGGGACAGCUUGGAGGCAGUCAGCAACCCGGCUGGAGCAGUGCUGGCCUCAUCAGGAGCUGCAAAACCAGCCUGAGACUCUGGGCAGAGACCUGGGCAGGCACUCAGGCCACCCUGGCACUGCUGCAGUGGGGAGAUCAGUCCUGAGCACCAGCCCUGAGCCCCACGGCAGCAGAGCUGGCCUGGCUGCUGCUGCUGCCCGGAACAGGCCAUGGCCAGCGUCCCUGUGCAGCCCCACACACACAUCUGCAUUUCCCUUUCUGUGGUGAGGCAUAAAAGGGACCCUGUUAAAAAAAAAAGUGCUUUUUGUUGUGUUGGAGAGAGGGAUUUCUUGGGCUCGGCUGCCUCUGUGCCCAGUCCUUUCUAUGGAAUGAUUAUCCAGAGAAAACAUGGGAUGCUCUGUUUCCAUCUUCUUUGAUUUCCAUGCUCCAAAACUGGGACAAUGGCCUGAUAACAGUAGUUUUUUGCCUGCUUCACAUGAGGCAGUGGCACCUCUUUACCCUUCUUGGCAGAGAGUAAGGGUGCCUGGAGAAGGGACGGGGAGUGGAACUGCCCAAAGAACUCCAAAGUAUCUCUCGGAUGUUGGCAAGUAGCAUUGUGCUCCCCAGUUCCCUGCAAGUUCCUUUAUCCCCCCCUGCCCACAGCUACUGUGACUUGAUAGAAUUGUUGUUUAUUUCUGGUAGAUGAGGGUCUGAACAACUGCAGGUACCUCAUUGCUUGCUCAUCCCACAUACUGCCUCAGUGAGCUGGGAUAAGUCCUGUUACCAGAGCCUGAACCCCUGUGUUGUGUCUGAAACCUUAGAGUGUCAUAAGGAGCAUAUGUUACCUCUGAAAUUUGUCUGGUUUUCUUAAUGUUUGUCUGUUCUCAGUUUUUCCUUUUUUUUUUUUUUUUUAAUUAGUCACAAAAAUAAACUUUUUGAAAUUUGGAGAAAAAUGUCUUUACAGAAACAAAUUUCUUACUUGAGAGACAUGUCUGAAAACAUUUCCCUGUGGUCAAACACUCCACCUAAAAUGGGCAUAAUCAUGUCAGGCAGUUUGAGAGACAAGGUGAUGCAAAGUAGAAGUCAGAUAAACUCUACUUGGUUAUAUAUUAAUAUAUAUUAAUAACCACACAUAUUUAAAAGAGACAUUUGAGUAUUUUACUGAAACAGUCUCAAAUAAAGUUCUGCUACAGUUCAAUGCAGCAGUGAGAAAAGGUAACUCCAGUAAACUGGCAGCAUUGUAUCCCUAUAAAAAUUGAUGAUGGAUGUUCAUACACAGUUUUGUCCUGAAUUUAUAUAUAUAUAUAUAUAUAUAUAUAUAUAUAUGGCUGCAUCUGUUUUAGCAGCAAAAUGUACAUAUGUAUGCUGAAAAAGCCUCCUCCCAGAGAUCCAGUGGCACUAAAUCUCUCUUGUCGGAUGUGCACCCUGAGCAAAGGAACCAGCAGGCCACCUCUGAUAGACAAUCUCACCUUCACAGACUAUCUCAAGGUCAUCCAAAAUAUAUACACAGAAUUCCCUUGACUUCCCAAAAAAUGCUUUAACUACCAUGCCCCGACUGGGGUUAUUAAUUGUGUUUUAAUUCAAAACCAAAUGAAAAUACCACCAACUCAAAGGCGCAGCAUGCUGUGCAUUCCCACACCACUGAAGCCCUUUCACCUGGGCAUCCAACCCAGGAACAACCUUUGGGAACAAUUGUUGUGUUUAUCUUUUGUAACAGUCCUCACUGAAGCUUGUACAGAUGAUAAUAAUAAAGCAUCCUAU